AUGGAUAUUUCGAGACCAGUAGGUUCAGAAAUUACAUCAGUUGAUUUUGGUGUACUAUCAGAUGAAGAAGUUGCCAAAUUAUCAGCAAAACAAAUCACAAAUCCAAUAGUAUUUGAUAAUUUAGGUCAUCCAAUAAAUGGUGGUCUAUAUGAUUUAUCAUUAGGUGCAUUUUUGAGAAAUGUUUGUACUACUUGUGGGCUAGAUGAAAAAUUUUGUCCCGGUCAUAUGGGUCAUAUUGAAUUACCCGUACCUGUUUACAAUCCAAUGUUUUUCAAUCAAUUAUAUAUUUUCUUAAGAAGUUCUUGUUUAUAUUGUCAUAGAUUUAAAUUGAAUCAACUAGAAACUGACUUGUUUAAAUACAAAUUACAAUUAAUUCAAUAUGGGUUAUUAUUGGAAUGUAUAGAAUUGGAGAAUUUGACUAUAUCUGGGAAAUCCAAAACCGAAGAUGAUGUAGAUGAAGAAGAUGAAGAAGAAGAAACAUCAGUAGAUGAUAAAUCAAGAAAAGAAUUAACAGCACGUCGUGAAUUAUUUGUUAAAAAUGCAAUAUCAUGUGCAUUGAAAGAUGGAAGAACUACAACAAAGGGAGUAAUAACAGCAUCAGUUAGCGAAGAAAGAAAAGCAACUAUACACGAUUUUUAUAGAAGAUUAUUAGGUAGACCAAAAUGUUCAAAUUGUGGAAUGUAUUCACCAAGUUUUAGAAAAGAUGGAUUUGUUAAAAUUUUUGAAAAUUCUUUAACUGAUAAACAAAUUACAAAUAAUAGAGUAAGAGGUUUACAAAGACCUGAUAUGAUUAGAAAAAAUGGCUCCAAGUCAAAUAGUGGAGCAAGUGAUAUUCCAAAUAUUAAACAUAAAAGUGGAUCGAAAUAUGUAUUGGCAUCAGAAAUAAGAAAUGUAAUAAGAGCAGUUUUUGAAAAAGAACAACCAGUUUUACAAAAAGUUUUCCAUUCAAGACCUUAUCAACAUGAAAUAAUAAGUGGUGAUAUUUUUUUCAAACAAGCUAUACUAGUUCCACCAACAAGAUUCAGAUUACCUUCAAAAUUAGGAGAAGAAAUCCAUGAAAAUGCACAAAAUGAAUUAUUAUCAAAUAUUUUGAAAACUUCAGUAUUGAUUAGAGAUUUAAAUAGUCAAAUAUCCAAAAUGUAUCAAGAAAAAUUAAGUGGAGAACAAAAAAAAAUAAUUUUUAAUAGACUUAUGAAUUCAUUUGUAACUUUACAAAAUGAUGUAAAUGCAUUUAUAGAUUCGACAAAAAACCAAAAUGCACCAGCUGGGAAAAUACCGAAUCCUGGUAUUAAACAAGCAUUAGAAAAGAAAGAAGGAUUAUUUAGAAAACAUAUGAUGGGUAAAAGAGUUAAUUAUGCUGCUCGUUCAGUUAUUUCACCAGAUCCCAAUUUAGAAACCAAUGAAAUUGGUGUACCACCAGUUUUCGCAACCAAGUUAACUUAUCCAGAACCAGUUACAUCACAUAAUGCAUCAGAAUUGAGACAAGCUGUUAUCAAUGGUCCAGAUAAAUGGCCAGGUGCAGUACAAAUACAAAAUGAAGAUGGAUCAUUAAUCAACUUAAAUGGUAUGAGUUUGGAACAAAGAAAAGCAUUAGCAAAUCAAUUAUUAACCCCAUCUGGAUCAUCAACUUUUGUUGGCAAGAAAGUUUAUAGACAUAUUAAAAAUCAAGAUGUUGUUAUAAUGAAUCGUCAACCAACAUUACACAAAGCUUCAAUGAUGGGUCAUAAAGUAAGAGUUUUACCAGGUGAAAAAACAUUAAGAUUACAUUAUGCAAAUACUGGUGCUUAUAAUGCAGAUUUUGAUGGUGAUGAAAUGAAUAUGCAUUUCCCACAAAAUGAAAAUGCAAAAGCUGAAGCUUUAAAUUUAGCUAACACUGAUUCACAAUAUUUAACUCCAACUUCAGGAGCUCCUUUAAGAGGGUUAAUUCAAGAUCAUAUUUCAGCAGGUGUUUGGUUAACUAAUAGAGAUACAUUUUUCAAUAAAGAAACUUAUCAACAAUUAAUCUAUGGAUGUAUAAGACCAGAAGAUGGUCAUACUAAUGGAAGGAGUAGAAUAAUAACUGUUCCACCAGCUACUGUCAAACCUGAAUAUUUAUGGACUGGUAAACAAGUAAUCACCACUAUUUUAUUGAAUAUUAAACCAGAUGGUGUUCCAGGUGUCAAUUUAAUUUCGAAAAAUAAAAUCAAAAGUGAUUAUUGGAGUGCGGAAAGUACUGAAAAUGAAGUCAUAUUCAAGAAUGGUGAAUUAGUAUCUGGUAUAUUAGAUAAAUCUCAAUAUGGUGCAUCUCAAUUUGGUAUUGUUCAUUCAUUACAUGAAGUAUACGGUCCAGAUGUUGCAGGUAAAGCUUUAAGUGUUUUAGGUAGAUUAUUUACAAAUUAUAUUAUGAUGACUGCUUUUACUUGUGGUAUGGAUGAUUUAAGAUUAACUGAAGAUGGUAAUGAAUGGAGAAAAGAUAUUUUGAAGGCAUCAGUUGAUACUGGUAGACUUGCAGCUACAGAAGUUACUAAUUUAUCAGAUGAUACACCAAAUGAUGAUAAAGAAUUAAGGAGAAGAUUAGAAGAAAUUUUAAGAGAUGAUAAUAAAUUAGGUAUACUUGAUGCUAUAACUCAAUCCAAAGUAAAUGCUAUUACAUCCCAAGUUGUUUCAAAAUGUGUACCUGGAGGUACAAUGAAAAAAUUCCCAUAUAAUUCUAUGCAAGCUAUGGCUUUAUCAGGUGCAAAAGGUUCAAAUGUUAAUGUUUCUCAAAUUAUGUGUCUUUUAGGUCAACAAGCAUUAGAAGGUAGAAGAGUUCCAGUAAUGGUUUCUGGUAAAACGUUACCUUCAUUUAAAUCUUUUGAAACAGAUGCAAGAGCAGGUGGUUAUAUUAAACAAAGAUUUUAUUCAGGUAUCAGACCACAAGAAUAUUAUUUCCAUUGUAUGGCUGGUAGAGAAGGUUUAAUCGAUACUGCUGUAAAAACAUCUAGAUCUGGUUAUUUACAACGUUGUUUAACUAAACAAUUGGAAGGUGUUCAUGUUAAUUAUGAUAAUACUGUAAGAGAUGGUGAUGGUACUAUGAUUCAAUUCUUAUACGGUGGUGAUUCAAUAGAUACUACAAAACAAUCUCAUAUGAAUCAGUUUGAUUUUUGUUUGGAAAAUUAUGAUGCAUUAUUAGCUAAAUAUAAUCCAGGUGAUGGUAUUGAUAAUUUAGAUACUACUGAAGCUGCAUCAUAUUCUAAAAAAGUUAAAAAGGCUUUGAAGAAACAAAAAGACAUACCACAUUACGAACAACAUAUUAAAUACGAUCCCGUACUAAAUGUUUAUAAUCCAUCCAAAUAUCUUGGUGCAGUUUCUGAAAAAUUUUCAGAAAAAUUAGAUUCAUUCAUAUCAAGUCAUCCACAUUUAUUUGCACAAUCAAAAGAAGAAGCGAAAUCUUCAAAUAAAUUAACAGAAAAGAAAUUUAAAGCAUUGAUGCAAUUGAAAUAUAUGAGAUCAUUAAUAAAUCCAGGUGAAUCAGUUGGUAUUAUUGCAUCACAAUCAAUUGGUGAACCAUCUACUCAAAUGACAUUAAAUACUUUCCAUUUCGCUGGUCAUGGUGCAGCAAACGUUACUUUAGGUAUACCACGUAUGAGAGAAAUUAUUAUGACUGCUUCAGCUGCUAUCAAAACCCCACAAAUGACAUUACCUAUUUUAAAUGAUGUUACUGAUGAACAAGCAGAUGCUUUCUGUAAAUCAAUUGCUAAAGUUGUUAUGUCUGAAUUCGUUGAUAAUGUAACUGUUACUGAAACCACUUCACAGGAUGAAAAUGGAUCAAAUAGUAGAUCAUAUAUUAUACAUUUAGGUUUUUAUUCAAGAGAAGAAUAUGAAACUGAAUAUGAUAUAAGUAAAGAACAAUUAGAAUAUGUUGUUACAAAAGAUUUUAUACAUCAUUUGGAAUCACAAAUUGUUAAAGAAGUUAAAAAACAAAAGAAACCAGAUUAUAUGCCAACUGUUGGUAAAUCAGCAGGUAAAACUGAUAUGGAAACUGUUAGUGGUAAAAUCAAAGAUGUAUCUGAUGAUGAAGAUGAUGUAGAUGAAGAUGAUGCGGAAGAAGAAAAUAUGAAAAAUAAAGCUAAACAACAAGUAUCAUAUGAUGGACCAGAUGAUGAUGAAGUUGAGACUAUGAAACGUGCAGAAGAAACCAGUGAUGAAGAAAUGGAAGAUGCUGAUGAUGAUAAAGAAUCAUCUUCUAGUAAUUACGAUUCAGAUUCAGAUUCAGAAGAUGAAGAUGGAGAUACCAAUAUGGAUAAGAAACCGGAAUUAUCAAAAUCAGCAAAAGAUCGUCAAGCAGAAGUUAUAUCGAAUCAUAAUAUGGUUACAAAUUUUAAUUUUGAUGAUGAAAAAGGUGAAUGGUGUGAAUUUAAAUUAGAAUUAAAUGGUAAUGAAACUCAAAAAUUAUUAAUGGUAAAUAUUGUUGAAGAUCUUUUAAGAAAAACUGUUGUUAGACAAAUUCCAAAUAUUGGUAGAUGUUUAAGACCAGAACCUGAUGCUUCAGGUAAAAGAAUAUUAACAACUGAAGGUGUUAAUUUCAAAGCAAUGUGGGAAGAAGAAGAUUUUAUUGAUGUAAAUUCAAUAACUUCAAAUGAUAUUGCAUCAGUAUUAAAUACAUAUGGAGUAGAAGCAGCAAGAAACACUAUAGUUAAUGAAAUUUAUAGAGUUUUCGAUACUUAUGGUAUAAGUGUUUCAUCAAGACAUUUAGAAUUAAUAGCAGAUAUGAUGACAAGAGAAGGUACUUAUUUAGCUUUUAAUAGACAAGGUAUUGAUUCAUCAACUUCAAGUUUUAUGAAAAUGUCAUAUGAAACAACUUGUCAAUUUUUAACAAAAGCUGUAUUGGAUGGUGAUAGAGAAGAAUUAGAAAGUCCUUCUGCUAAAAUUGUUAUGGGAAAAUUAUCAAAUGUUGGAACUGGUUCAUUUGAUAUUUUUGCUCAAAUGCCAAAAAUUGAAGAAGAACUUUAG